UCAAACUCAUACUGCACGACGCAGCCAUGGAUUUCGACAUCCCGAAGAAAAUGUUGACGAGCACACGUUUUUUCGACCUGAAUCCGCCAGUUUUCGACCUCAUUCUUUAAGUCCCGUCACAAUCUGGCUUUCCUCUCUCUCUUAUGUGACCCGACUGCUAUAGAAUCAGUUCCCUAGUCCUAGGGUCGAUCCCUAAAUUACAGAAUCCGUUUCCAGUCCCAGAACCGAUUCUUACACAACUGGGAAUUGGUUCUCGUCAGCAUAGUCAAAUUGAAAAAAAAGAAAACAUAGACAUUUCAGUAAAUCUAUGUAUUUUUUCUCGAAUCUUCUCACUUUUUUGUGGAUUCAUCUUUCAUCCUAUCCCUCAAAUCCUCUCCUUCAAAGUACAAAUCACUUAAAAGAAACACACAUAUCAAUUACUCGUCCUUCCAUUCCCAUUAACAGUGAAUCAGAUAAACAAACGCCUCAUUAGUCAGCCACGGGUGUUUGUCGAUUGAUCUACAAACAAGCCACUUUUUGAAUGUUGCCUACAUCUAAUGAGCUAGUGAUUCAAACAGGGGCGACCUAUUCUAUCCAAUUUUUCUGGUUUCUCGUAGACCUUUUUUUAUUAUUUCAUUGCCUAUUGAUCCGAGUGUGUGCCAUACACAGCAAUAGCAUAUAAAAAAUACAUUUUUUUACGUCCGUGAAGACACCAGCGAUCCCAUCCAAUCCAAUCCCCUGACCCACUGCACCACCAAAACAAGCACAGAGCACUACUUGUUUUCUUUUCUCAAUACGUGCACGUGAAACCUCAAUAAUUUGUCAUGCACAACCCAAGUGGGGUCUCAAACCCUCAAAUCUCUUUUGUUCUCUUCUCAAUGCAAAAUCCAUCAUACUCACAAUCUCUGUCUACUACGCAUUUACAUCACUGUCACUGUUCCUCUUCAUCUUCCCUUCCCUUGCACUGCAUCACAAUGGCGGAGUCAACGUCCAUGUCCCCAUACCUUCUCUUCCUUCUUUCUCUUUCCCUCAUCAUGCCAAAUGGCACUCACUCUUACGACAACAACACCUUUAACCUGCAAAAGUCUCAGAAAAAACAGCAAAGUGUUGCCCCGGGAUGCCUCCUUCCCGAAUCAAGAAGGGAAAAAGGUGCUAUUAUACUGGAAAUGAAAGACAGGGGUCAGUGGUCAGGGAAUAAAGAUAAUUGGCUUGAGAAACAGUUGGAAUUGGAUAUUGUCCACGUUCGUUCGAUUCAAAAUCAUAUUAGAAAAAAGGCCUCUGGACAUAUAGAAGAUUCCUCGGAAACCCAAGUUCCGUUAACUUCUGGUGUAAAAUUCCAAACUCUAAACUACAUUGUGAGUGUGGGAUUAGGAAGCCAGAACAUGACCAUGAUAGUUGACACUGGAAGCGACUUAACAUGGGUCCAAUGCGAGCCUUGCCGGUCAUGUUACAAUCAGAAAGAACCUCUAUUCAAAUCUUCUAACUCCCCUUCCUUUCAAUCAAUUCUGUGCAAUUCAACAAUCUGCCAGUCUCUUCAAUCGGGUACAGGAAAUUCAGGAGCAUGUGACAGUAAUCCGUCAACUUGUGACUAUGUGGUUAACUAUGGUGAUGGGUCAUACACCAGAGGUGAACUGGGGGUUGAGAAACUGAGUUUUGGAGGUAUUUCAGUGAGUAAUUUUGUGUUUGGUUGUGGAAGAAACAACAAAGGUCUAUUUGGAGGAGCCUCGGGUAUUAUAGGGUUGGGAAGAAGUGACCUUUCAAUGAUCUCCCAAACUAAUGCUACAUUUGGAGGAGUUUUUUCUUACUGCUUACCUUCAAUUCAAGCUGGAGCUUCUGGGUCAUUAGUUAUGGGUAAUCAGAGUGAAGUUUUUAAAAAUGUUACUCCAAUUGCCUACACGAGGAUGGUUCCUAAUCUACAGUUAUCCACCUUUUACAUAUUGAACCUCACUGGCAUAGAUAUUGGAGGCGUGGUUCUGCAAAAUUUAAGUUUUGGCAAUGGUGGGGUGAUACUUGAUUCCGGGACAGUGAUCUCCAGGCUGCCUCCAUCUGUGUACAAUGCUGUGAAGGCAAAGUUCUUGGAAGAGUUUUCCGGUUUCCCUUCAGCACCGGGGUUUUCAAUUUUGGAUACCUGCUUUAAUCUCACUGGGUAUAAGGAAGUGAACAUACCUACCAUCAACAUGCAUUUUGAGGGCAAUGCUGAACUGAAUGUGGACGUAACUGGCAUAUUCUAUUUGGUUAAAGAGGAUACUUCGCGGGUGUGUUUGGCCCUUGCUAGUCUUUCAGAUGAGUAUGAAAUGGGAAUCAUUGGAAACUAUCAGCAGAGGAAUCAAAGGGUCAUUUACGAUGCCAAACUCUCUAAGGUGGGAUUUGCUGCAGAACCUUGCAGCUUCACUUGAAUACAUAUAAUGUCAUAUACUAUAAUUCUUCAUGCAACAUCUGCCACAAACAUCUUCUUCCACUUACAUAUAACUAAAUGUUCCUUUUCCAAGAUAAGAGUCUCUCUCCAUUGGAUAGUAAAUUGGCUCCUGUUAAGCUUCUAAAUGUUGUACUUUGUAUUGAAAUAAUACAGGGAACUGAGACUGCAUAUUUAGCUUCAGUUCAUUAACCUUGUUGGAAA